AAGGGUUGGACUAGGUGCCCUUAAUGAAUUCUUCCAAUUCUAUGGUUAUUUCAUAAUUAUUAUUAUUAAAAUUUUUUUCUAAAAUAUUUUCCAUGCAUAAGGUAGUCAUAACUUUUCAUUGUAAUAUAUAUAAUUUUUUAGCCUUCUUUUGAAAAUGAUAUAAAAAUAAAUAUUCCCAUGUUGAUAAAAAGACAUAAAGAUAAUUUAUAUAACCUUCCAUAUAUUAAAGUUGUAUGUUUGUUUUCUGUACUACUAUUAUAAAUUUUGGCAUGAAAACUGUUUUGUUAAUGAAGGUUUUUCAAUGUUUAAGGUUCAGUCUAUAAUGAUUAUUAUUUAUUCUACAUAAUUCAUCCCUUAGCUUUUCUUCCAAACACCAUCCUCGAUCCUCUCCUCAUCCCUUUCAAAACAAUUUCACCUGAAAAGAUCUAAUAAUAGGUACAUUUCUGGGUAAAUUCAAGGCUUUGCAGUUCUUACUUGAUGGCGGGGAGUCAUGGAGCAGUGAGGAGGGGGGGAGGGUAGGUCUUUGCAUUUUAAGUCUCACCCUGAAAUGAAACCUUUAUUCCUAUUAAAUUGAAUGGGGUAUUUCUAUUCUGUAUUGAAAUUUCUUUAAAUCUGUCAUAGUAUGUGAACUCUCACAUACCUAUGCUUUGCAAGCCCUGCUCACAUUCAUUCUUUCUUGUGAAAAUAUGGCUUUAAAUACAUCUACAGUUACCUGUGCAAGAUUCUGACUGCUAAAGAAACCUGCUCAACCUUAAUUUUAGGACAGAGUUUGAAGAGCACUGGAUUUGAAGUAAGAUGAUCUUGGUUCAUAUCUUAGCUGCACUUGAACUAGAUGAAUCCUCUUGGACAAAAUUUUUUUAUUCUCCCUAAACUUUAGGUUCCUAAUAUGCUAAAAAGAGCUACAAUAACACCUGUUACACUUGUGUUGCAUGGUACACUUUGAGCAUAUAAGGAACUAAUGAACAUAAAAGUACUUACCAAUGGUAAAGAGCUACACAGCAAGAGUGAUGUUGGGCAUCCUGAAACUUCAUUAAAUUUCAUUCCUAGUUCCAUUUUCCCUUCCUGGGGUCAGAAUAAAUACAUUGAUCCAUUCAGUUUAGACAAGAAUAGAGAAUAUGACUAAGGUUUACAGAAUAAUGGAAGGUCUCAAGUUAAGAUAAAAUGAUCACUUUCUUCAUUCAAACAUAAUGAGAACUAUGAAACACUUAUUAGCACUAAUGACCUGAGUUACUUUACACAAUUCAUCUAUGAAACUCAAUUUGUCGAGAAACAGCAAAUGUUAUUUUGGAAUUUGGAUGGAGGAAUUGAGGUCAGUAUUAAAUUGAUAGCCAUAUUAAAGUAGCAAAUUAAUGUUAAUAUUAUAAAAGUGGAGUGCAAAUAAAAGAUUUUAAGAAUUAGGAAUUAAUCGACUGAAUGUAUUGCAAGGAAUUCUGUCCCUAAAAUAGAUGCUAGAAUAUUUUCCAAACACAAAAUCUAAGUGCUUAAAAUAUCACUCGUGGUAUCAAUAGAAAAAAAAUGGGUAUAUAUAUGUGUGUGUGUGUGUGUGUGUGUGUGUGUGUGUGUGUGUACGUACAAGUAUUUAUGCAUAUAUUCUUUCCUAUCAUUUCUUUGAAAUCAGAACCAUGAAACAGAGCUUCUGUCAUCAGUUAUACUUGGAAUUUGGUGAAAAAAAGAAAGAAUUUGGAAUCAAUCACUCUGAGUUCCGUCCGUGUUCCCCCACUUAGGAGAUAUUUCCUUCUCCCUAAAAGGGAAGCAACACUAUCUGCUCCGUCUAACUCGCAGAGUUGCUCUAAGGACCCAAUGCGCUGGAUGGGAAAGACAGGUACAGUUGCUGCUGAAAGUAAAGCUCUUCCUAGCUGGGGACACUUUGGUGACUCGAAAGGCAGCUCUCUUUGCCAUUAAAAAUCAAGAAAUACAAACCAGAUGCAGCAGUUUCUUGACAUGGAGAACCAAGCCCAUAAUACAGUGGAAGUUUCUCCUUGUGAGGCUGAGCUUCAGGAAUUAAUGGAACAAAUUGACAUCAUGGUAAACAACAAAAAACUGGAUUGGGAAAGGAAGAUGCGGGCUCUGGAGACACGAUUAGAUCUACGGGAUCAAGAGUUGGCAAGUGCACAAACUUGUUUAGAACAGAAAGGUCAAGAGGUGGGGUUACUUAGACAGAAGUUGGACAGUUUGGAAAAAUGUAACUUAGCAAUGACUCAGAAUUACGAAGGACAACUACAAACCCUAAAAGCUCAAUUCUCCAAACUAACUAAUAGCUUUGAAAAACUGAGAUUACACCAGAUGAAACAAAAUAAUUUUCGACAAAAAGAAGUACUACACGUCAAAGAAGAAAUACCCUUUGAACUGAGCAAUUUGAACCAGAAAUUAGAGGAAUUUAGAGCAAAGUCAAGAGAAUGGGACAAGCAGGAGAUACUAUAUCAGACUCAUCUGGUUUCUUUAGAUGCUCAACAAAAAGUAUUAUCUGAGAAGUGUAAUCCAUUUCAGAAACAGGCGCAAAGUUACCAAACCCCACUAAAUAGUAAAAAACAGGGCAUAGAAGAAGACAGCAGCUCUGAAAUUCCUUGGAUAUGCGAACCAGAUACCAGUUGUGAAACCAAUGAAAGAGAUGAGUUCAUUAUUGAAAAAUUAAAAUCAGCUGUGAGUGAAAUGGCGCUAAGCAGGAAUAAGUUACAAGAUGAAAAUCAGAAGCUCUUACAAGAACUGAAAAUGUACCAAAGACAGUGCCAGGCCAUGGCAGCAGGACUCUCAGAGGUGAAAAGUGAGUUACAAUCACGUGAUGAUCUCUUGAGAAUUAUAGAAAUGGAACGAUUGCAGUUGUACAGAGAAUUAUUAAAACUAGGAGAGUGCCAAAGUGCUCCAGAAAAUAAAAAAAGACUUGAAUCAUCUUAUUCACCAUCUAUUAAAGAAUCAGAAAAACAACGGAAAGAGCUGUUUGCAGUGACCCCAGAUCAACCAAAUCAUGAAAAAGAAUUGAACAAGAUAAGAAGCCAACUCUAUCAGGAGGAAGAGUACCAUAGCUCUGAGCAGGAAAGAAUGAAGAAUGAAAUCUCUGACCUAACUGAGGAGCUUCAUCAGAAGGAAAUCACUAUAGCAACUAUCAUGAAGAAAGCUGCCUUUCUGGAGAGACAGUUAAAAAUGGAGUUAGAAAUAAAAGAGAAAAUGUUGGCGAAACAACAGGUCUCAGAUAAGAGAGAUAAAGCUGUCAGAACUGAAAUCACACACCUGAAAGGCAUGAUGGGAGAUUUAGACCCUGGGCGGUACAUGACAAAUGGAAUUACUGAUAUAAAGAGUAUGGACUUCACUAACAGGGAACAUGCAAGGCAUACAUCUAUUAACAAACUGGAAUAUGAGAAUGAAAGGCUUCAAAAUGAUCUUGCAAAACUUCAGGCCAUUGGAAAAUCAGCAUGGGCUAACCAAAAUACCUACAAAGAAACAGGAAGAUUUAGCCACGAUCGUGAGCCAAACAGAAGUGCAACACCUUCGUUGCCACUUUCGCCAUUUCAAACCAAAGAAAUGACAAGUCCUUUGGUUAGUGAUGAUGAAGUAUUCCCAAUGUUGCCCCCAGAUAUAGCCUUCCCCGCUUCUUUGGCCGCACAGCAUUUCUUUCUGGAGGAGGAGAAGCGAGCAAAAGAACUUGAACAACUUCUGAAUACACAUAUUGAUGAACUGCAAAGACACACAGAAUUUACUCUUAAUAAACACACCAAGCUAAAACAAAACAGACACAUAUGAGCUUUUAAACUUUUUUAUUUGCUUCGCCCACCCCAAGGAAAAAAGCUCUGGCAAAAUAGUUACAAAGCUGAUUCGUGAAACUGAGAAAUUUUGUUCUGUUUUCCUGAGUAAAUCAUUUCUGUAAGGCAGCUAGAACAUAGUAUUUUGUUCAAUAAAGCUGUUUGUAUUUCUGCAUUAACAAACAAAUUGUUCAGCUACAGUUACUCUAAAAUAAACAUGACUUCUCCAAAAGAGAUUUUUUUCUCCAGUCUGAGGAAUAGUUUGGAAUUAAAUAUGCAGUUUUUUCCCACCUGAAUCAUGUAUACUGAAACCCAUUUCCUCUGUAACAACACAUGAUGAGGGAAAGGGACACACUAUAUUCUAAAUACAAACGGAUCAAGUGCAGCUCUGUUGUACUACGUUUAAAAACCCAAUGAUUUUUUGAAAUGAAUAGCUAUGUAAACAUCCUAACAUUUCUUUUAGGAAAAAAAGAUACAGCUUACUGUUGCUGCAUUCAUCUUUGUAAUGUCUCUCUGUUUUUUGUUUGUUUGUUUGUUUUGUGGUACGCGGGCCUCUUACUGUUGUGGCCUCUCCCGUUGCAGAGCACAGGCUUCGGACGCGCAGGCUCAGCGGCCAUGGCUCACGGGCCCAGCCGCUCCGCGGCAUGUGGGAUCUUUCCCAGACCGGGGCACGAUCCCGUGUCCCCUGUAUCGUCAGGCGGACUCUCAACCACUGCGCUACGAGGGAAGCCCCCUGUCUCUCUCUUUUAACACAAAAGACCUGGAAUGUGCUGUUUGCACACUUAAAAUAUAUGUGCCAAAUAUUAAUGCUUUCCUGUUAGUACUAAUUAUUACUUCAUGGACAUAAGAUAAAGAAACUAUAAAGCAUUGCUGUUGUUACCUUCUCCUUUGUCAU